AGAGGGAAGGUGGAAGAUGACAGAAUUUCUUGAAUUUUUUUGUUUUCUAUAAUUCAAUUUAAUCAUCCCCAGUGUUUCCUUAUUCAGAGAUGGGAAGGGGAGGAAAAUUAAUUCCAAGGCGCAGUGGAAAGAGAAGGUCUCGUUCUAAAGAAGAGGGUUCGGAUGAUUCUGAUGAGGAUUACAUCUUGGGACAAGAUGAAGGAAAAGAUACAUCUGAGAGCUCCGACUAUGUUUCCUCCUUUGCUGAAGAAGAUUCGGAAGAAGCUUUUGAUUUUGAGACGGUGAGUGGCGGCAGUCAAGAAGAUGAGGAAGAGAAAAUGGUUCUUGGAUUGAAAUCCCGAUCGGUUCUUCGAGAUCAGAGGAAACCGAGUUUUAAACGUUCACAGAAAAGAACAAGAAUUUCUGACGAUGAUGAAGUUGACUACGGAUACGAUGACGAGGAAUUCUUGCCUGAUGGGAUCGAUCUUGUAGAUGGAAGGGGGAGGAGGGCUGUUAGAUUGAAUCCAGACAAGAGUUCUUCGGAUUGUAUUAAACGUUCGAGGAAGAGAACCAGGGCAUCCGUCGAUUACGAUGAUAACGAAGAUGACGAGAACGAUGACGACGACGAUGAGGAGUUCACUCUGGACGGGAUUGAUAUUGUUGAUGAUGAUGAGGAUUUUCAGGUCAGGGAAAAGAUUAACUCCAGAAAACGUGUUGUACGGAAAAGGGUGUCUCUGAAAGGCCAGAAGAGGAAAAGGAAAUCUAAGGCUGCAAAUAAGCCAUUGAGAAAGAAGGGGAGGAGAACCAAGAGGAAGUCGUCAGUUUCGUGGAGGCAAGUUAAUAACUCUGAUGAUGACUUUAUAGCUAACAAUAGGACGGUAAAGGAAAAGACUAAGAAGAAAUCAAGGAGACGAAAGAAGAGAUCGGCCGUUUCGUAUUCAGAUUCGGACGUUGUAUCUUCUGGAUCUUCGGAUUAUGAGUACACCAUCUCUGAGGAAGAGAGGGAGGUAUUGAGAGAAGCCAGCAUAUUUUGUGGGAAUUUGACAAUUUGCUUGAGGAGUUCGUCUUUGUCGGAGCAAUUUCAUGUUGAUGAAACUUCAAACCAUCAGCAAAAGAAAAUAAUUCCUGGACGAAAGGGGAAAGUGAAGGUAGAAGAAUUACGGAUUGAUGUAGGGAAGCAAGUCUGCGGGAUCUGCUUGUCUGAAGAAGGAAAGGGGACAAUCCGGGGAACAUUAAACUGUUGCAAUCAUUACUUUUGUUUCGCUUGCAUAUUAGAGUGGUCAAAGGUGGAAUCUCGUUGCCCACUGUGUAAACAGAGAUUUUCCACCAUUAGUAAACCUGCAAAUUCCAUCUUGGGAAUUGAUCUAAGGAGUGUGAUCGUACGGGUCGCGAAACGGGAUCAGGUCUAUCGGCCAACUGAAGAGGAAAUAAGAGGUUAUUUUGAUCCAUAUGAAAAUGUUGUUUGCAUGGAAUGUCAGCAAGCUGGAGAUGAUAAUCUUAUGUUACUUUGUGAUAUCUGUGAUUCCCCUGCACAUACUUAUUGUGUUGGUCUAGGACGGGAAGUACCUGAAGGUAAUUGGUACUGUGAAGGUUGCAGGGCAGCUGAUCCUGGAUCUUCAAAUUCACUAGUACAAGAUCCUGUGUUCAAUCAGAUGACUGUAACUAGCAACUUAUCUGCUGGACUCUCUACUGGGGAAGUCCAUGUAGAAAGUUCUAAUGAGACUUGCCAAAAUUCAGUGUCUGUACAAGGUCCUUCUGUUUCCCCAGGAAUUGGGGUUGUCCCAUCUCCUAGACAUGCUUUAGGAGGAGAUUUUCAGGCUACAUCCCCAGUGACUGGAGCAGGGGCAUCAACUCUGUGGGGAAGACGACGAAUACGUCAUCGGAUACACAGCCUUCUUUCCAGCAAUAGGAUGAAUGAAGGAGCUGAAAUGGCCAGCAGAAAUGAUGGGGCUUUACGAAGUGUAUUUGGCAACUCUGAACUUGAGCUAGGUGGUGAAACUGAUCAAACAACACACCAAAAUGCACUAAUAUCAGAAAGUGCACGGUCCCGUUUUGCAGUUGGUGGGUGUAUGGAAGAGGACAGUAAUCGUUGUCCAGUGCAAGAGGAGGAUGCCUUUGAUGCAAGUUUUAGGCAUUUGAGUAGACAUAUCAAUGAAGGCCCUAACACUGCCACUUUAAGUGGUUCUGCUGGUGGAACAUUAUGUGCUGAGGAUGCUGAAAUCAGUGCAGCAUCAGGUCUUUGGCAACUUCACCAGUGCACUGAUGCUAGUAUUUCUCAUAACACAUAUCGUGAUGAGGCUCAUUUUCAUAUGGCAAAAGCUGCGGAGGAACAAAAAGGGGCAAAACAACAAUUACAACCGAUUGUGAGACACCAUUUAAAACGGUUAUCUCAACACACACAAAUUGAUCGUGGAACUUUCAAGGACAUUGCAAGGCAUUCUACCCACACCAUUUUAGCUGCUUGUGGUCUUGAUCACGAUAGGAGCAUGGCUAUCCUGGUUCAGCCACCAUCGAUAUGCCCCCAUGUUGAGAGACAAAGUGAGCCAAUCAAUCAGAUGGAGAAUUGUUGCUCGUCUUGCUUCAACUCCUUUGUUGGUGAUGUGGUAAGGAGGGUUUUGAACUCAAGGCUGCAGUCUUUAGCGUUCAACAGAUGAUCUGUGGCAAAGAGUACUUCUCUCUGGUUUGUUCUGUUUUUCUGCCCGGGACUGCAUUCUUUUAUUGUUCAUUAUUAAUUUUUUUCCCAUAUUGGGGCAUAAAGGUAGAGAUGAGCCAAGGAAUCUGAACACAGGCAUUUGGUUGGGAGAUUUGAUCAGCUUAAAUUGUAUUCAACUAACUCAAAUUUAUUUUUUUUUU